CCGGUCUGUAGCUGACGGUCCAGAUGACGUCAUUCCCGGAUGUUCUCCAGAUUGAGGAGAAGCAGCGGCGGAGGGAGGCCCGGGACAUGGAGGAGGAGGAGGAACGGGAGGUGGUGCGGGUUCGGGUCCGGAAAUGUGAGGGCGUCUUGCAGCCGGAGUCUCGCUCCUUUGCCGUGGACCCCCAGAUCACCUCUCUGGACGUCCUCCAGCACAUCCUGACCCGGGCCUUUGAUCUGAAUGGGAAGAACUUUGGAAUCAGCUACUUGGGCCGGGACAAGCAAGGACAUGAGAUCUACCUUUCCCUGAUGUCCGAAUGGGACCUGGGAACCGCCUUCGCCAGCGCGUCCAAGCCGUACCUGCAGCUGAAGCUGGACAUCAAGCCAUCCGAGGACAGUCCCCUUCUGGAGGACUGGGAUAUCAUCAGCCCCAAGGAUGUCAUCGGCACAGACUUGUUCUUCGUGGAUAAGCGGGCGAUCAGCGCGGCGCUGCCUUUCACGCAGUCCAUCUUGUCCCAGGUGGGUCGUACAAUCUCCAGGAUGCAGCAAGCCCUGAGCUGGACUUAUGGCGAAGACGUAAAGCCUUUCAAGCCGCCGCUGAGCGACGUGGAGUUUCACACCUACCUGAACCACGAGGGUCAGCUAUCCCGACCGGAAGAGCUCCGUCUGCGCAUCUACCACGGCGGUGUUGAGCCUUCACUGAGAAAGGUCGUCUGGAGGUAUCUCUUGAACGUGUACCCAGAUGGUCUGACGGGGCAGGAGCGUAUGGAUUACAUGAAAGCUAAAACCCGGGAGUAUUACCAGCUGAAGAGCGAGUGGAGAGAGCGGUGCAGCCAGGAGGACCUGGAGUUCAUCCAGGGCAACGUCAUGAAGGAUGUCCUGCGCACAGAUCGUACCCAUCCCUAUUAUUCAGGUUCGGAGGACAACCCUCACCUGCAAACCUUGCACGACUUGCUUACCACCUACGCUGUUACCCACCCACAGGUGUCUUACUGCCAGGGCAUGAGUGACAUCGCCUCCCCCAUCCUGGCUGUGAUGGACAAUGAAGCCCAUGCUUUUAUCUGUUUUUGUGGCAUUAUGAAGAGGCUAGAAGGGAACUUUCGCAUGGACGGGGAAUGCAUGUCUGUGAAGUUCGCACAUCUCAAGCUGCUGCUGCGGUACUCUGACCCGGAGUUCAACGCUUACCUAAUGUCUCGGGGGGCAGAUGACCUCUUCUUCUGCUACCGCUGGCUGCUUCUGGAGCUCAAGAGGGAAUUUGCUUUUGAGGAUGCUCUGAGGAUGCUGGAGGUGAUGUGGAGCUCAUUGCCUCCUGAUCCUCCAGAGAAAGAAGUGGAGCUGGUAGGACCACCGUGUGCACCGGGGGAAUGUCCAAAAAACACCCGGAGGAGGCACAUGAUGCGUCCAGACCGUGGGCUGAGCCCAGAAGGUGAGGAGGAGGCCUCGACUGCCCAUGUAGAGACCGAGAAGGAAGAACCAGAGAUGACAAAAACAGAACCCGAUGGAGCACAAGAAUCAACCCCUGUGAGGUGUCCAAUGAUGAAGCAAGCCAGUUUUGGAGAUUUUAAGUGUUACGGUGCUAAUGAUGGCGGAUCAAGUUUUGUAGCGGAGGAUCUCCCUAUCACCCCUGUCCUCCGGAUUCGCCAGUCUACUGAGGAGGAAGACGACGAAGAACGAUUUUGGGAGCAAGAACCUCUCAUUAAACCUCCUGACUCGCUGGGGGUCACCGAGUCUCUAUCCGCUCCUUCACUAACGUCUUACACCCCUACUUCUCAAAGCCCCACAUCUCUUACCACGACGGACCCCAGUGAACCAACCUCUGCUGCUAAAGAUGAAGGAGAUUGUCAGCUGGAAGCCGAGCAGACUGCGGCCAGCUCCCCAGCUCCAAUCAGCCUACCCCCGCCGCAGGAGUUUGGACGCGGGAACCCCUUCAUGCUCUUUUUGUGUCUUUCCAUCUUGUUGGAGCACCGUGAGCAAAUUACGAAACAGAACAUGAGUUACGAUGAGCUGGCCAUGCACUUUAACCGCUUGGUCCGAAGGCACAACUUGAACCGCGUUCUCCACCGCGCCAAAGCCCUCUUUGCGGACUACCUACAGUCUAAAGUGUGGGAUUCAGAGGAAGGCGAUGAAGCAGCUGCAGAAUCUCCUUCCUUCUCCUGACCCUUCUAUCAGUCGUCUCGAACGGCCAGUCAGUAGCUCCGAAAAUUGCCGGGCAAGACAUUUUGAGCUGCUUUAGAAGAUCAACAUCUGAUCAAAAGUCACGCAACAAACAAACAACAGACUUUAUGGACUUGACCGUUGCACAACAUUCAGUGGCCUCAAACCUUCCCCAUGAGUUGUUGUUCUUCCCGGCCUCCCAGACCAGUUAUAUAUAUUUCCUGAAUGAAAUCCGUUUUAUAUAACCUAUGGUUUAUUAGUAUGCUGCCCUACGACCGUACACAUAUUUGUUGCAGCAAAGUCCCAAAUAUUAUAAUUCCGUAGAUUAUUAUAAGGAGGGGUCAGGAGCUGGGACUGCGGUCUGUGGUGUAAGCUCUUGCGUCAGGUCAAUAUCAAUACAUUUUAGGUAACGUUCGUAUCCUAGGGAGAUGUAUGAAGUGGUUUUUAAAUCCAUAUGGAUGUUCGGUUUUAUGAUGGUAUGAACAGACCAGGGCUUUAUACACCUGAAGCCUGAUGACCCCCAUGUCCACUUUCACGGACCUGUACAGAUCUUCUCUUCAAUGAUGAGGUUAUCUCUUUUCAUUUUAUAAACUGCAUAUAAGGCGGAAGUAUUUCCUGCAAAUAACCCUUUGCUGGAGUCUAGAGAGGGGAAGAGGUAUGGCUCCUGGACUCUUUGCACGUUCCCUAUACAGCAGGAAAGAUUUUGGGGGCUUUGAUGGUCCAGCUGAACAGGGAUAACCCCCAGCAUUGUCCGUAUGAGCUGUACAUUAUGUGAAUUCAGUAGGCAAAAAGCGCUGACGCUUGAAAUCCGUACUGGCUUCCCGUGUGUGAGAUGGACACCCAUUGAUUCCCCCCCCCCCGGAGGUUGCAUUACUGUAGUGUAAGGUAGCUAUUGACAUCUCCUGCCAAACUAAUCUAGCCGAGCUCCAUCUUUAUACUUCCGUAAUGGAUGCACCUAUGUGGUUAAGACUAUUCGGAGGGUUCAGAGCGUCAAGGAUUAGUUUUUAAUUAAUAUAACUUUUAUUCAAUAUUUUGUUCAAAUUGUAGCCCAAGUGCAAAAUUAUUAUAUAUAUGUUUAAAAAAGUGACCGUAUGAGAGGGAAGGGAGCCGUGCAAUGCAGGUUCCUCCAUACCGCGCGUCUGCGUAUAACUAGGGUUGUGCAGGAAAGUCCUUCAUUUAUCAUGCUGGCUUAUCGCUAGGGUAUACAGGGAGUGGCGAGUGAUCUGCUUGAACCCGAGCUGAGUCCCAUUCAGACUGACCCCCUGAAGUUUCUUUGGCAGGGUCUUUAUACAUAUAGGCUCUUGCAGAUCACUUGGCCUGUCUCUCCGCCACAUAUCAGAGGAGCCCCUCGUCCUGAGCCCAUCCAGCCUGGAAGCCCGGAUCAUACCCUUCCUUCAAUGCGUUUUGCAGUGUAUGGGCUCGUCAGGGCGUAAAUAACAAUGGCGCUGACAAGAUUUCACGCUCAACAAGAUUUGCACGCGCAAGUGAACUGCAGGAGCCAUAUGUAUAUAGGGGGUCAUUUAUUAUCCUGAAAUACGCAACAGUUAGAUGCACCACAAUCCGCAAAUUUUUUCCCUAAAAGAGUGGGGUGGAAGGGGAUGGGGCAUCUCAUUCAUCAUUUUAUAUGCCUGUUUUAAACAUUCAGACUGGCGCUGGAUGCGCCAAAGUUAUGUAGAGGCCUGCGCUUCUUCAUAACUCUGGCAGAUCCACCACCAAAUAUAGGGCUUAUUAAGACCGGAGUCUAAACCGCAGAUCUUAAUAAAUGACGCCCAUAGUCCUCUACAAAGCCAAUCUGAAUGGGAGGCAGCUCGGGUUCAAGCAGAAUUCUGUGGGGGGUGAAGGCAGAUCACCCCCCACUCACUGUAUAACGUAGCGAUAAGCCAGAACUUCCUGCUGACUUGUAGUAUCGAGGUACUUGGGACCCCCUUCCCUUUCCUGCUGUCACUUUUUUAGGCAUCCAUUAUUUAUUUUUUAGCAUAGUUUUAUAUUGAGGUAUAAUGGCCUGCAGUCAUUUGUUCCUUCUGCAUCAUUUUAAAUUGACAUUAUCGUCCUUUUUAGGACCAGAUCGUCUACUACAUUAUGAAAGUAGUCAGAGCGGCAAUAUCUUUUACUGUAGGCCAGUAAAAAGCGCUGUUGCCUCUUUGUCCACAAGGUGGCAGCAGCAUCCUCUUAGUAGAUGUGGGGCAGCUGUAAUUAACAUGUUGAACGUGUAUUAUAAUAAUAGGGGCCCCUUUUAGAUUAGUAUUACAGCUGCCCCCGCCAAGUUGAGGACAGUUGCAUCCACAUGUCCAGCACUUCAGGCAAACAGGCCUUUCGCUGUCACAGGCUUGUUGCUUAAUAUGCCUUUAAAUAGUGGCCAAAGCAACUGAUUUUAGCGAGGAUGGGGAUGUAUUCCUUUCCAUAGACCGCACUAUAGCGGGAGACACGGCUGGGGGGGGGGGCAGUGAUUAAGUUUCAUCACUUUAGUGUUGUAUAGAGACUGUAAUAUUGUCAACACUAUACAUAAUCUAUAGUAUCUGUAAUAUCUGCUGAUAUAGUGAAACUAGACCUAGAAAGCACAGAUCGUCUGUAAGGCCUGGCAUUAGUCCCGGUACUUGGUGCUGCCGGAUCUGGACCAUUACUAGGGAUAUCCAUAAAGAACCGAUUGUGUGUUGUCUAGAUAGCGGUCGCCCUAUCCUGUACUGUAGAGCAUCGGGGCGAAAUGGGGUCUUAUAGUCUGCACUAUCGGGGAGUAGUAUAAAAGACUCAUGUAACCAAAUAAAUCCGUAGUAGGAUCCACAAAGCAUACACUACAUUACAUUCAGUGGCUCCUAGACACCCCUUCCCUUAGGGGAACCCAGUGCCACCUGCACCCGUGGGGUCCCCAGAGUCUCCCUGUUCAAAGUUCAUUUCAUUCCAGCUUUUCAUUUGCACACAGGCAUUUUGUGCCUCUUAUUUAUUUUGUCUCUGAUCGUGUUUUAUGUACUUUGUAUUUAAUUGCAUUGCUGCUUUUCUUCUGUUGAAUUGGUUUAUGCCAAAGAUUUUUUUUAUAGAUGCAGCACUGUCUAGGAUUCAGCAAGGGAAUCGGCUAACGGUACAAACACCAUUCCCUUACUUAUGUUCCCCGUUCAAUUUGUGUCUGCCCUUUACAUGGUCACUGUUAUACUGUUCUAUAGAUAAUUCUGGCUCCCUGCAGCCGCCACUAGAGGGAGCUAAGUUUAUUACUGAGUUCUGAUGAUAGUAAGCUCCCCCUAGUGGUGGCUACAGGCAGUUAGUAAUUUGGGACUCUUAUUUUGGGACCUAUUUAUUUGCUUGUGCCUUUCUGUUGUGUACUUACCUCCAGUGAUAUCCUUUAAGGGGUUCUGCAGGCAUUAUGAAAAAUGGCAGCAUUCCUCGGAUUCCAUUAAUAUUUACCCAUUUGUCGUGUGGCCUCCAUCCGCGCUGCCCAUGCAAAGGCUGCAAGCUCUUCUGCUCGGAUCCCUGCAUAGUAAUAAAUGGUCAGGAUCUGAGCGGAAGAGCUCGCAGCCAGUGCAAAUGCAGCGUGACGGAAGGGUGAGUAUUAGCAACACAGUUUUUUAUUUUUUUUCACAGGUCCGAGAAAUGCUUGCAUUUUCCAUAAUGGCUGGAGAGCCCUUUAAAUACAUGUGUUGCUGGAAACCAGUAUGUAAUUCAAGACUCCACCGUUGGAGUUUCCUUAAAGAGGUUAUCCCACACAAAAGCAUGGAGCGGUGAGCGUGUCCUAUACCGCUCUGCUCGCUUCCAUGGGACGGACGUAGACGUAAUUCUGAAUGGAGCGGUGGACCGACAUCCGCACUGCUAAUUCAUUCAGAGAGGGGACAUUGGAGCCCUCAGUUGUUGGGAUCACAGGGGGUCCCAGCAGUCAGGUCCCUAGUAAUACGACAUUUAUGACCUAUCCAAGGUGAUGGUGGGAUAACCCUUUAAAGAAUGUAUAGGGAUUUGCCAAAUUGGUUGUUUCCUAAUAUAAUUUUACAUUAGCGAUAGACGUCCAGUGGUCAACUUUAAAUAUUCCUGCAAGUCCGAAACGUUCAUUACGGGGGCUCCAGAUGUGUCUUCACUUCCCUGCCAUUUUCUAGACCAGGCUUCUGAAGGACUCUGCCAUCCUUUACGUUGUGAUGGUCCCAGGGCAGGGCAUUACUUACGCCUUGUAUUCUGCUGUGUACUACACACUGCCUUGGUUUGCAUUCACCAUUUGUUACCUGCUUUGAUGGUACCGGAGAUAAGUGACGGCUGCAGUCCACAGGAGGACGCUGGGUUGUAUGCAGUCUUGUGGACUGCGGCCAUACCUUGUUACGUAGACCAGAGGUGUGCAACCUGCGGCCCUCCGGCUGUGCCCUGGGCGUUGUAGUUUUCCAGCAGCUGGAGAGCCACGGGUAGCAUGCCACUGGUGGAGCCAUACCUGUGGGUGGAACUGUGAAUCCGGCUGCCUCUUGCUACCAGGUUAUGCUGGAUCUUGUAGUCGUCCACAGUAUGUAGAGCUAUAGGUAUCCUGACGUGUACCAUGUGACUGUAUAUCAUGUUCGAUAGAGAGUGCAUAGCGCCAAAGGUAUGUCCGUCCGUCUGUAUGCCUUCAUGCCCGCGGUGCACAUUUUACAUUUCUUUCCAUGGCCGGUGCAGAAUGUGUCGCCCUGUUUUCUUGCCCGUCACCUCGCUGGUCUACUUGUGCCAAGUAGAGCCAAUGGUCAUGGCCGCAGAUGUCUUUCCACUCCAUUGAUAGCAUUUGGCUCUCAGCUGUUUGAUUGGCUGAGUGUUAGGUGAUGUCACCAUAACCCAUAAGACACCAUAGUAUGUCAGGAGUGGGGGGCAGUGACAGGAGGGGUGUGAUAUAUGUAAAACAGCUCUGAUUGGCCAAGAGGAAUCACCUGACUGACCCCUCACAAUUGUCUCUUAUAGCAGGCGAUGAGGCGGACAGUGGAUCCGCAGAGGAAAACUCUGUUUUGCAUACAGGAGGCUUUUCAUGUCAGAAAGGAGCGCAUUUAAAGGGUUUGUCCAAGAUUUCGAUAUUGAAAGCCUAUUCUCUGGGUUGUUCAUUAAUAUCAGAUCGGCGAGAGCUGUAUUUUUGGAUUUUUUUGUGCCUCAGUUUACCCCUUGCUUGUCUUCUAGGCCCCUUAUCACUUCCUAAAUGUCACGUAACCAGGGCACGGCCUUUUUAUUUUGAUUCCUACCGGUAACAGACUGGACACAAGUAGCGCUCUUUACGUUUUACCACUGAGACAUUCUGCACCCCAGGACGAUGAGGGUUCACAUGCCGCGAUCGGGAUCGGGCAGGCGGGAUGCCCCUGAGGAUACGAUCACUCCAUAACAAGUGUGUAGUAUUACCGGACGCUGCGCGCCUUACAGGGAACCGUCUGCGAGACACAAGCUCUGAUUUUUGUGACCUUCUGAUGUAAAUAAAUAUUAUCCUGUUAAA